GACAAAUUUAUCUGGUUGACUUUUGAUUUCUGGGCUGGACUGGGCUGAACUUGAUGUGGAGUUGCAAAAGUCAAGAAAGGUGGUCAUUCAUCCGGCCUGCCCGUGAGGCCGUCACGUCACGCCUCCUCCUGAAAACCUGCCGUCCCGCCCACCGCCGCUCUCACAAGUGCUGGCUCGCUGGCUCAGCCGCUUCUGCUCUUCAUCUUCAGCUGCUGUGCCUUUCUCAUGGGAUUUGGGGAAAGAGACGACAUGUCUGUUCGUCACAAUCACGAGAUGAGUGCAGUGCUGAGGCUCUCGCAUCUUCCUCUGGUUCGCUCGGCGCUGAGCUCAGUGACCUCUGCAUAUUCGGAGGUCAAAGGUCGCUACCCUCUACUGGGAUUGGUGGGCAACGCGGCGGAGGCGGGUGUCCGGAAUGCCUCAGUUGCGGCCUUGAGCGGCGCCACGCCCCUGGUGCAGACCCUCUGGCCUCAGAUCGAGGCGGCCAACGGCUUUGCUCUGGUGGGUCUGGAUCAGCUGGAGAGGAAAUUUCCCGUCCUGAACCGCUCCACCGACGAGGUGGUGGGUCACCUGAAAAAUGCCUUCUUCCUAACCCUGGACGACAUGCAGUUGUGGAUGCUGGACGGGCUGGAGCAGAUGGAGCGCCUGUCUCACAUCGCCUGGGCGGCGGUGAGGCAGCUACAGGACUCGCAGGUGGGACGCGCCGCCUCGACAGGUUUGGAUGACGUGCUCAGCCGCCUGGAGAGUGUCGCUGCCUACUACAUGCCACUGCCGCCCACGUUGCGUCGUGAGUGGGAGAUGCGGGUUCAGGAGUACGAGGACGAAGAUGACAGCGAUGAGCCCGGCCCGUGGACCCGCGUGCGCAGCCUCCUUCUCAGUAUCAGCCUGCAGCUUUACCACCGCAUGGUCAAUGUCCGAGAACAGCUGGACGACGCCACCGGAGCCCUGGGGGACACCGUCCGAGCCGUGGGGCUGGCGUCCAUCCUGGACCUGUUGGGAGAGCUGCUGCGGAACCUGCGGCGCUUGCUGGUGGCGCUGGUAUACCGGGCCGAGAGCCUGCAGGAAAUGAGCCUGGGUCGCGUUCGGGAGCAGGCCGUCGUGCUGGCGGAGCUGCGCCCGGUGCGGCAAGUCCGAGAGCUCCCGCUUCAGGUGCGCCGUCUUCUGGGGGACCUUCAGGAGCUCUCCAAGAUCCUCCUGCAACUAUUCAUCAACGCCACGCCACUGUAUGACUUGCUCCAGCGGCCGUCCGACAAGGAGGUGGAAGACUUCCUGAACCAGGAGGACUUGCGUGCAGACAGCUCAUCCCGCCGCAGCUCGGCCAACAGCCUGUUCCUGAAGGCCAUGGACGGCCGUCCUCGCCGGCGCAAGAGUCUCUAUUCCAGGGCCGCCCGUAGCCCGGGCCCCGACCCCCCUGCCGGUUCCGGCCGGCGCUCCAGCCUGAAGCAGGAGCCGGAGGCAGAUGGUUCCUCCAUGCCUUCCGAUGGCGCCGCCCGCCGCCCCUCCGCCGCUGAGCUCAUCCUCACGCCGCUCAAGCAGUUUGUGUCGCAGAGCCAAAAGGCCUUUGAGUACCUCCACCCCAACUCGGCGGAAGAGGCCAUCAACAGCACCAGCGACUGAUGAGCACCGGGUUGUCCUGUCGCUACACGCCCCCCCUGCCUCCGCUGCAGCCAAUCACCCGAGUGCAUACACGUUCUCCAAAGUAACCGUGGCAACCCUGCUUCCCUCUGCUCUCGCUUGAACGCCCGUAGCGCCUGACGUCGGUGCCGCUAACACCUGAUACACACUUGCGGAUCUUUCAAAGAGCCCCGUUGUGUUGGUGUGUGCGUGUUUGCACGUGGCUAACAGCUAAGCAACCAGGAAUCACUGUGAUAGCCGCUAUUGCUGAUUAUUUGUAGUGUUUCUGUGUCCGCAACAUCCCCCAAUAAAGCUUGUCAUACCUUCA